AGCAAGAAACGUUUGGAUGGUCAAAUCAUCAUCGUUACUGCUAUCAUACUGUUAUGCUGACAGAAGGCAGAAAAAAAUCAGACUCGCAAGAUUCCUACAGAAAUUCUUCUUGUCUUUUGGAGUAAGUUGGCGCAGAAUCUCGCAUGACUGUGCACUCACGCGACACGUUGGUUCACCAAUCUGUGACAAGAAGAAGGCGGUAAAUUAUCUAAGGGUCAUGUCGCAGAGGUCCGAGAUCAUUAACCCCAGAGAAGGUGCAGGUGUUGCGUCAGUGAUUUUCUUUUGGUGGAUGAAUGGCUUGACGAGUCUGGGGCGGAAGCGACCGCUGACUGAUGAGGAUUUACCUCCACUCCUUGAGGAUUACAAAGCCGAGUUGCUCGUGAAAAAGGCUGAAAACUAUUGGCACGAUGAAUCAAAGCGCAGUCAAUCGGCAAACAAGAAACCACAGUUAUGGAAAGCAUUGUCCAGAAUAAUUCCAUGGGAAUCUGCUCUCAAGAUGAUACUUUUACGAGCUCUAUGGGCUUUGAGUUUCUCCUUUUUACCUGUAUGCCUUUGGCUUUUGUUAAAGACGUUAAAUGAUGGACCAAAUGUGGACAUUAAGGUGGCGUGCUUCUAUGUUGCCCUAUUGGCGAUAGUAAGCAUGACAAAAGCAACCUCGACGCAGCAUUACGAUUACCUGACUGAACUUUGGGGACUGAGGCUAAAGGUGGCAUUGAUAGGGCUCGUUUAUAAGAAAAUGCUUUCGCUAAAUCGUUACAGCCUGGAGGCUACGUGUUCUGGGAACACAAUUACCCUGGUCUCGAAUGACGUUCAAAAAAUAGAGAGGUCCUUAAACCAGCUGGGCAUGGUGUUCGCCGCGCCGAUGGAACUAUCAAUAAGCUUGGGGAUCCUAUGGUAUUUCAUUGGCUGGGAGGCUUUGAUUGGAGCUGCAGUAUUUUUCGUUUUAGUGCCAUUCCAAAUUUUGCUGGCAAGAAAAGCUGCCGACCUUAGAAAGAAAGCAGCUGCUUUUACAGAUGAACGGCUUAUGGUGAUGAAUGAAAUCAUCGCUGGAAUACGAGCUGUCAAGAUGUUCGCUUGGGAAUGGAAUUUUGUAGAUGUUGUUCGUGAAGUCCACAAGAAGGAGACGGCAGUUAUCCGAAAGAAGGGCCUCAUUGUUUCCUUGCUUCUUGUUCUCUUCUUUACGACGCUUCCAAUUGCAGCUUUGAUUUCAGUAACAGCGCUGAUUUUAAAAGGAACCUUUUUGUCAUCUUUUACAAUAUUCACGCUACUCCUUGGAUUAGUAACGAUCAAGUUUGCGUUCUGCAACAGCUUGAGUCUCUCUGUAUAUAUUGUCGCAGAGGCUAAAGUAGCCCUUGAUAGAAUACAAACAUUCCUCGGAGAAAAGCCGCCAGACUUUGAAAUGGGUAAAAGAUUCCAUAACGAAACUCAGCCUCGCACAGGACUGUUAAAUAUCCACGAUAACUAUUCCAAAGUUGUAGAAAAAAUAGAAAGGGACAGUCUAUCGACAAACUGUAAUGAAAGAGAUGACUUUUCCAAGGACAAUUCUCCAGAAUUUGCAGGUAGCUCAAUAAGCACGGGACCAGACAAUACUAACAAUGACUUACGUUCAGAAGAGCCGUUUCUCUCGAUAUCUAACGCGUACUGUUCAUGGGACCACGACUGUUCCAACAAGACCAUAACACUGUAUGAUGUAACACUUAAUUUGCGUGCUGGCGAAUUGUUGGCAAUUACUGGUCCGGUGGGGAGUGGAAAGUCCUCGGUGUUAUCAGCAAUUUUGGGGGAAUUACCUCUUCGUGAAGGCACCAUAUCAUAUCAUGGGAAAGUUGCAUAUGUCCCUCAAUUAUCUUGGAUAUUUUCUGGGUCUGUGAGAGAGAACAUUUUGUUUGGGUUACCAUUUGACGAAGAGAAGUUUCUGUAUGUUGUUGACGUUUGUGGUUUGUCCAAAGACUUAUCUGACUUCGCCAAAGGAGAUCUCACGGAAAUUGGACAACGUGGAGUGUCCCUUAGUGGAGGGCAAAAAGCUCGAGUUGGUUUAGCUCGUGCAGUGUAUUCAGAUGCUGAUAUUUAUUUGCUUGAUGAUCCUCUUAGUGCACUUGACACUGAAGUAGGAAGAAAACUCUCCAAGAGCUGCAUAGUAGGUCAUCUAUCGGGCUGUAUUCGAAUCCUGGUCACUCAUCAGCUGCAAUAUCUAAAAGACGUCGACUGCAUUGUUGUGAUGAAGAACGGUUCAAUUAAUCAUCAGGGCACGUACAUGGACCUCAAAGAAAAGGGGCUACUUUCGGAUAAUCUGAAUUUGUCUGGUCAUUUUGAGGAAAGGUCAGAGUGGAUAUUGAAGUCUUGUGGUGUCGAGCGAGACGGAAAAAACGGAAAUCAAACAGGUUCGUUGGUUUCCAACGUGGAGCGUUGUGAAAUGCAACCGCAAGAGGAUGACCUGAAUUCCACAAGCAGCGUUGCAGACGUAAAACUCGAAUGUGACCCGAGUUCUCAGAGCAAGUCUCCAGCAAACAUAUUUGAUCUUCAACGCGUACAUGGCAACCAAGCUCUUGACCUAAAGGAAGGGGAAGAAAAAAAGAGAGCUGGCACUGUGACCUGGCGACUGUAUUGGGAGUAUUUUAGGGAAGGACUGUCAGUGCCUUUGAUAAUGCUUGUAGCAGUUGUUCUUAUAUUUGCGCAAGUUUGUCUCCUGGCUCCAAACUGGUGGUUGGCCAAAGUGUCAGAAAUGUCGCCUACCCAGCAAAAAGCACUGUACACUCAAGCAAUUCACGCCAGUUUGGUGGCAGUUUCCUUGGUAAUCACGACGGUAUCGUGUUUUUCCUUUUAUUUUCUCCUUCUGAGAGCAGCAGAAAAUCUUCACAACAAAAUGGCCAUGGCGCUCGUCAAAGCUCCUGUGUUUUUUUAUGACACAAACCCUGCGGGUCGUAUCCUUAAUCGCUUUUCAAAGGAUGUCGGCACCAUGGAUGACGUAUUACCAUUACGGUUUCUAGAAUCUCUUACAGUGUGUCUUUCCUCGCUCUUAGCCUUUUUAGUUCCUGCUGCAACAAAUUACUGGCUCGUGUUAGCUCUUCUUGCAAUCUUUAGCAUAUUCGUCUAUUAUGCACGUUAUUAUUUAGCGUCUUCGAGAGAGUUGAAGAGAAUCGAGGCCAUCAAAUGUAGCCCAGUGUAUUCACACAUUACGGAAACGUUCCAUGGACUGGAGAUAGUUCAUAUCUCAAAUAAGAACAAAGCCUUCUUGGAGAGGCUUCAAAGGUAUCAGGAUGAGAAUACGCAAGCUUUUGUUAUGGUGGUGUCGUGUAAUCGGUGGUUGGGAAUUCGCCUCGAUCUGUUGUCCAGUGUAUUUGCUAUGACUGUUGCAGUGGCUGCCAUUUUGAUUUCUGAGAAUCCAGCCUUUGCUGGACUCGCUUUGACGUAUGCAUUGGAAACUCUGGACCGGACGCAAUAUGGUGUGCGAAUGGCCACAGAAGUCGAAAACUUGAUGACCUCUGUUGAACGUGCAAUGGCGUACUCUGAGUUAGAUUCUGAGCCUGGUUACAGUACUGAAAACUAUACUUCAGAGUCCUGGCCUAGCGAAGGAAGCUUUGUCAUCGAAAAUGUCUCUUUGGCCUACUUUCAAGGUGGACCUCAAAUCUUAAGAGGUAUAAACGUUCGUGUCUCUAAUAAGGAAAAGGUCGGAGUUGUGGGCCGCACAGGUGCUGGAAAGUCUUCCUUGGUUUCAGCUUUGUUCCGUAUGCCAGAUCCCUUAGGAAAGGUACUGAUCGAUGGAGUUGACAUAACAUCAAUCAACCUCCAGCAGGCCCGCAGAUCUAUGGCUGUUAUAACACAAGAUCCUGUCCUAUUUGGAGGCUCAUUAAGAAGGAACAUGGACCCAUUUUCAAAACAUACCGAUCAAGAACUAUGGUCAGCCCUAGAAGCCGUACAACUAAGGACCCUUGUGGAAGAUCUUCCAAAGCAGCUUGAUUUCAAACUUAAAGAAUCUGGGACAAAUCUCAGCGUUGGUGAAAGGCAACUUGUCUGUUUGGCUCGUGCUCUGGUACAAAAGAGCAAAAUUAUCGUCAUGGAUGAAGCCACUGCUAAUGUGGAUUUCAAGACUGACCAUCUGAUCCAGGAAGUGAUUCGUCACAAGUUUAAAGACUCCACAGUGCUGACCAUUGCUCAUCGUUUGAAUACCAUCAUGGACUAUGACAAGGUGCUCGUUCUUGAUGGCGGACACAUGGUGGAGUUUGAUAAACCCGAGGUGUUGAUGAGAAAUGGUGGAACGUUCGCUAAAAUGGUGAAAAGCCAGACCCGCAUGGAAUAUCAUUAAAUAAAGCAUCGCGGUUCAAAUAAGUAAGAGGAGUCGAAUAAUGCUUCUAUAGCUAGUCGACGGUUUUGAACUGUAGAGGCACAAAUUGAAUUUUUAUACUUGAGAUGAAUCAAGCUUAUUUUUUUUAUUUUUCAAAUGUGUUUGCGUUUGGUUAUGUUUUAAAUGCUUUAGCGUGUGCUCAAAUUUAUAGAUACAUCAUUACCAUCUGAGAUUCUCACCCUAAUGGUCAGUGCGCUGGACUGCUGAGCAUUAUACCAGUGACACUGACAACAGCUAUCCACAGAUCUGGAAGGUCUACUCCUCUGUUGGGCAUGUAGGCAAGUCAGAUCGUUUUCUUUAACCGAAAAUAAACUUUGUGAAUAUCAUAUAUGUGAACUGCGGUUAAAGAAAUGAUCUUAGAUGUAAUGAACGCUACUUGAGCAGUUGACUCAUCACCUCACGGGUUUAUUACGAACUAACAUAAUGGCUUGUUAGCUCAGUUGGUAGAGGACUGCACCGGCAUCGCAGAGGUCAUGCGUUCGAAUCCUGUACAGGCCUAAAUUUUUUUCCAGGCCCUAUUUUCACUGCUGCAAUGUUCAUUACGGCGAAGAUCGCUCCCAUACUCAUGAAAGUAAACUCUUUGUCUCGCUUUGCAUCGAUUCAAUCAACAAUCUGCUGCAGUAAAGUUCAAGUAGAAUAGAAUCGUACGCAAAUUCCACGUAGUUUGGUUGCACCACAACCAGAAGUUAACAUUACAUGGCCACCACCAAGCCAAUUAAAAGUUUAUUCAACCUUU